UUUGAGUUUCAUUUCAAAAAGUCUCCUGUCGAAAUAAAAUGGCCGUUUCGCUUGUGUGAAUGUCAGUUCAUUACCGGUGAAAAAUAAAUUGAAGUAGUGCGUUAUAUAUAAAUCUGCUUCUAUCAUUGUUAAAUUUGCUUCUUGAAAUUUAGGGAGUUUUUCAGAUGGCGGUGAACGUUUAUUCAACCAAUGUUACCUCCGAAAAUCUGUCCAGGCAUGAUAUGCUAUCGUGGGUGAAUGAUUGUCUACAAAGUAGCUUUGGAAAAAUAGAAGAAUUAUGCACGGGGGCUGCUUAUUGCCAGUUUAUGGAUAUGCUAUUCCCUGGCUCUGUUCAGUUGAAACGAGUUAAAUUCAAGACUAAUCUUGAACAUGAGUACAUUCAAAAUUUCAAAAUACUGCAAGCUGCUUUCAAGAAGAUGGCAGUAGACAAGAUAGUACCAAUAGACAGGCUGGUAAAAGGGAGAUUCCAGGAUAACUUCGAGUUCCUUCAAUGGUUUAAGAAAUUUUUCGACGCUAACUACAAUGGCACAACAGGUUACGACGCUCUUGAAGCAAGAAAUCACGAGCAGAUGGGAAAUGGCGGAAGUAAUGCCCCCAAAGGAGGAAUGAUGCACAGGAAACCAGCUGCCACCUCUGCUUCGGCCGCUGCGGCUAAAGCGAAACCAGUUGGUAGAGCUAUGCCUAAAGUGAAUGCAGUUCGUCCUGUAGCAAAUUUAAAAAGCAAUGUUAAUAAAGGAGGAGAUGGAGGAAGACUUGAAGAAUUGACCCACCAGCUCUCAGAGUGUAAGCUGACCAUAGAUAGCUUAGAGAAAGAAAGAGAUUUCUACUUUGGAAAAUUGAGAGAUAUUGAAGUUAUGUGUCAAGAAACGGAUGAGAACCCAUUGAUACAAAAGAUAUUAGAUGUUCUCUAUGCUACUGAAGAGGGUUUUGCUCCACCUGAUGAGGUAGAAGGUGUUGGGGAAGAAGAGUAUUAAAAUAAAAUCAUAUUUCUUUAUUUGAGACUCUAAGUUAUACAGUUAUGGGAAAGUAAAGAACCGUUAUUUGUCUACAUUAAAUUAAUUGUGAUGAUUAUUAGAUCUUGCAUCGAUUUUAUACGAGUGUUGUUUACAGUUAUCCGUUUUGCUAAUGUUGUCUUUCAAUUUAUGAAUCUGAGUUUCUACAAAAACUAAAUCGCUUGUGUAAAGUAAAUAUUAAACAGUUUAUUUGAUAAAA